UCUCUCUUAGGGUUUCAACAUUUCUAGGUAAGCUAGACCAUUGAGUCAUUGACGUCCCGGCGACGCAAUGUCUGCCGAACCACAGUUCAACAAGGGAGACAGAGUGGAAGUUCUUAAGCGCGACAAUUUUCCAAUAUGGUUUCCGGCAGCUGUGCUCCGACAUUCUGUGAGGAAGAAGCAGUGGGCAGGACAGAUCUACGUGGCGUUUGAGACUUUGUGCUCCGUUGAUGAUCCCAUGAAGCGGCGAAAGGAGUACGUUCACGUAUCCGCCGUCCGGCCCGCGCCGCCGGCAGAGCAGCCCUGCUAUUUUAGAGUGGGGGAGAGUGCGGAUGUUUUCUAUGAAAAUAGAGGUUGGAGGAGAGGAACGGUAGAUGAAAUUUUGGAGAAUUCCAUGUAUAUGGUGGGUCUUGGAGACGAGGACGGAGAAAAAGCAGUGGAGAGUGUGAAGGUGGAGCAGUGGCAGUUGAGGGUCCGUAGGGAUUGGAAAGAUGGGUGUUGGGUUCCACCACUUGAAGAAUCUCAAGUAGACCAACAGAAAAAAUCAGAAGAUUAUUUAAUGACACCAAGUGGAGUCAAACUCCGUAUCAAGUGCACUAAAAGAUCGUGUGUUAGAAAGUUCAGUAAGGAAAUGCUUGUAGAGGUUAUGGGUGGCAAAGAAGGUUUUGAAAGAUUGUGGUAUGCUUCAGUUGUGAUGGAGGUAUUAGGAAAUGGAAAACUCUUGGUACAGUACCAGACCUUGAAGACAGAUGAUGGGACUGAAUUUCUCAAAGAAGAGGUUGAUGCCUCUUGCAUCAGACCAUAUCCACCUGAAAUUGAAAGGAUCAGUCCUUUCAAACUUCUUGACAAAGUUGAUGCUUGGGUUGGUAAUGGAUGGCGGGAAGGACAUGUAUCCAAGGUUCUUGGUGAUGCAAAAUACAUGGUUUGUUUCAGGUCCAUGAAUGAAUUGUUUACGUUUGAAGCUUCUAACUUGAGGCCUCAUCAAGAGUGGAAAAACAACAAUUGGGUUGCAGCUACAAAGUUUGAUUUGCCAAGGAGCUCAAGUGAUGGGAUGCUAAACUCGAAAGUAGUGAAAGUCAAGAUCAAGAGUGAUAGAAAGGCAUUAGGUCCAAAGUUUAGCAUGGGAAUGUUGGUAGAGGCCACAAGUUUUGAAGAAGGUUACCAUGGUUCUUGGUACACUGCAGUCAUUUUUGACUCUAUUGGGCCGAACAAGUUUCUUUUGGAAUAUCAGACUCUGAGGACAGAUGAUGAAUCUGAACCCCUCAAAGAAAAGGCAGAUGCCUUCAACAUUCGCCCUUGCCCUCCUUUGAUUCACCGAUUUGAUCGCUUUAAAAUGUUUGAAGAGGUUGAUGCAUGGUACAAUGAUGGAUGGUGGGAGGGUCUUAUAUCCAAAGUUCUUGAUGGCUUAAAUUAUGUAGUUUAUUUCUGGACCACAAAUGAAGAAAUAGAGUUUGCACAUCAUGGUAUCAGGCCUCAUCAGGAGUGGAUUGAUCGAAAAUGGGACAUUGCUUUCAGGAAGUCCAACAACAACCUACCGAAUCCCAAACCUGGGAUAAUGAGGAGACAUAGUGGUGGAAUUGCCUCAGAAACAACUUUUUGUAUUGGAGCAAAGGUGGAGGUAAAAGAUGAUGAAGAAGGAAAUCAGGGAUCUUGGUAUCCAGCUUUGAUCUUGAGACUGAUAGGAAACGGGAAGUACUUGGUAGAAUUCAGAACACUAAAAUGUGAAUAUGGAACUGAUCUGCUAGUUGAAGAAGCAGAUGCUUUAUCUGUAAGGCCUUCUGCCCCUAUACUGCAAAGAGUUGACAGAUUCAGACCUCAUGAGGAAGUUGAUGCCUGGUCUAAUAAUGGGUGGCGGGUUGGUGAAGUGUUUGAAGUACUUGAGGGUGCAAAGUACAGAGUCUAUUUUGGGACUACAAAUGAGACAUUAGAAUUUCGGCAUCAUGGGUUGAGGCCUCAUCAGGAGUGGAUAAACGGCGCAUGGCUGGUGGUGGGUGUUAAAGAGCAUAUUGCUUGCAGGCUUAGAUCUUGUGGUGCAGACUGCAGUAAAGGUAUCCUCAUCAUCCAUUAACUAUUCAUCUCUCCUCUACUCUACUCUACAUAUGGUGGGUGCAGAAGUUUUUCGGGUUCAGCCAUUUAGGUGACUAUUAAAUAAACACGGUGUUGUUGGUCCGUUCCAGUGUGCAAAGCUGUGACUCAAGAAAGAAUCAGUUUUUGAAACAACUACCAGUGUCUGGCUGCUGUAUAAAAAUAAAAAUGGAUUGUUAUUAAUUCCAGAGAGUUCUUUAAUAGCUAA